GUACAGAUUCAGUGACGACAUAACAACCAUUUGAAUUAUUAGCAAACCUCCAAACUUCCAACAGUCACCAAUGACAUCUCUUGAUUAAAUUGUCUAACUUAAACAAAUACCAGACGAUUUUCAACUCAGAAAUUUAAUUUAAUUAAUUAGACACCAGGCAGGCACAAACAGGCCAUGAUCGACGCCUGGAGAAAGCAACAAGAUGACUAGCGAACACGAAAUCUCAUCUCCUCUUAUUCACAGCAACAAGAUCGAUGGCUCCGCUUCACGACCGCCGCCGGCGGAUGAGUUUUCUGGCCACGAGAACUCCCCGAUCGAGCAAGUCGCCCUCACGGUUCCGGUCACCGACGAUCCCUCUCUCCCGACCGUCACUUUCCGGACUUGGACGCUUGGAGCCCUCGCGUGCGUUCUACUUUCAUUCCUCAACCAGUUCUUCUGGUACCGCCGGGAGCCUCUCUCCCUCACCUCGAUCUCGGCUCAGAUCGCGGUGGUCCCGCUCGGCCACCUCAUGGCAUCGCUGAUUACGAAACGCGUUUUCUUCAAGGGCCAAAAAUGGGAAUUCACGCUCAACCCGGGCCCCUUCAAUGUCAAGGAGCACGUGCUCAUCACCAUCUUCGCCAACUCCGGGGCUGGCAACGUCUACGCCAUUCAUAUAGUGAGCACUGUAAAGCUUUUUUACAAGAAGAACCUGUCGUUUUUUGUUGCGCUGCUUGUCGUUUUGACUACCCAGGUGCUCGGAUUCGGCUGGGCCGGGUUGUUCCGCCGUUACUUGGUUGAGCCCGCCGCUAUGUGGUGGCCUCAAAACCUCGUUCAGGUUUCACUAUUCAGGGCACUGCAUGAGAAAGAGAACAGGCCAAAGGGUGGGCUAACAAGGAACCAGUUCUUCCUCAUUGCUUUCACUUGCAGCUUUGCUUACUACGUCCUUCCAGGCUACCUCUUCCCAAUGUUGACUUCCCUUUCCUGGAUUUGCUGGAUAUUCCCUACUUCCAUCCUUGCUCAUCAGCUAGGUUCAGGGCUGCAUGGUCUCGGCAUUGGCGCAAUCGGGCUUGAUUGGUCCAGUAUAUCCUCUUAUCUUGGGAGCCCGCUCGCCAGUCCAUGGUUUGCUACGGCCAACAUUACUGCUGGUUUUUUCCUCGUGUUGUAUGUCAUAACUCCUGUGGCUUAUUGGCUCAAUUUAUAUAAUGCCAAAACUUUUCCCAUAGUCUCGGAUGGUCUGUUCACAUCUACUGGCCAGAGCUACAACAUAUCAGCUAUAAUAGACCCCAACUUCCGCCUUGACAUUGAUGCAUAUGAGCGAGAGGGCGUUCUCCAUAUCAGCACCUUCUUUGCUAUGUACUAUGGUGUCAAUUUUGCCUGCCUUACUGCCACUAUUGUUCAUGUUCUCCUUUUCAAUGGGAGAGACAUCUGGCAGCUAAGCACGUCUGCCAUCCGCGAGAAGAAGAUGGAUGUGCACACGAAGCUCAUGAGAAAAUAUAAGCAAGUUCCAGGAUGGUGGUUCAUGUGCAUCCUGGUGGCUAACAUAGUGGCGACCAUGUUUACAUGCCAUUAUUACAACGAUCAACUUCAAUUGAAAUGGUGGGGGGUCUUGCUUGCUUGUGGUCUAGCCUUGUUUUUCACUCUUCCUAUUGGAGUCAUUGCUGCCACAACAAAUCAGAAACCAGCGUUGAAUGUGAUCACAGAGUACAUUAUCGGGUAUCUGUAUCCAGGAUAUCCAGUUGCUAACGUAUGCUUUAAAGUUUAUGGAUACAUAAGCAUGAAGCAGGGGAUCGCUUUUCUGGAAGACUUCAAGCUUGGGCACUACAUGAAGAUUCCUCCAAGAGCAAUGUUCAUGGCACAGGUAGUUGGUACUAUUAUAGCAGCAUUCGUCCAUUUAGGAACUGCAUGGUGGCUUAUGAACACAAUCCCAGACAUAUGCGACAGGGCGUUACUACCAGCAGACAGUCCAUGGACUUGCCCCGGUGAUCAUGUCUUCUAUGAUGCUUCUGUUAUUUGGGGUCUUGUUGGGCCUCGAAGAAUCUUCGGGGAUCUUGGCCAUUAUUCUGCCAUCAACUGGUUUUUCUUAGCUGGAGCUAUAGCUCCUGUCUUAGUUUGGCUUGCACACAAGGCCUUCCCAAGAAAACAUUGGAUUAAACUUAUCACCAUGCCUGUGCUCCUAGGAGCAACAGUUAACAUGCCUCCGGCAACUGCUGUCAACUUCACCAGCUGGGUUCUCAUUGGAUUCGCCUCGGGCUUUAUUGCUUACAGGUAUUAUCGUGGCUUGUGGAGCCGCCACAACUAUGUUCUAUCCGGAGCUCUAGAUGCUGGAUUAGCUUUCAUGGCGGUAAUUUUGUACUUGUGUCUGGGGAUGGAACAUGUUAGCUUUAAGUGGUGGGGAAGUAGCCCAGAUGGUUGUCCCUUGGCUUCUUCCUCAACAGCAUGAGGUGUAGCGGUUAAAACCUGCCCAAUAGGAGAAAAUUUGUGUGUUGUUUGAUUUGAAUGUAUUGAUAUGUAUAAUUCUUCGCUUAGGAUAGAAUAGUAAUUCAUUUAUAGAAUAACUUCAUUGGAGAUUUCUUAUUGAUCAUUAAUAUUAAGGUAAAAAGUCAUUUUAGGUUCA